AUGAGUACUAUUUGUGAUGAACAACAAAACCACAAGUUUCAUUCCUCUUACCAACCUCUCUCUCCCAAAAAGCCUCUUAGAGAAAUCGAUAUCCCUCCGAGAAAACUUCUCACCCGCCGCACCAUCGCCGCUGACAUGUUCUCCGAUGACACCAUCCUUCAAAAGUAUCUCCCUCACAAUGACUCUGACUCGGACUCCGAUGAUCCUUACUCUUCCGACCAUUUUCGCAUGUACGAAUUCAAAGUCCGGCGAUGCACUCGUAGCCGGAGCCACGACUGGACUGACUGUCCAUUCGCACACCCCGGCGAGAAAGCACGCCGCCGUGAUCCACGAAGGUUUCAUUACUCUGGCAAUGUUUGUCCUGAGUAUCGCCGCGGUGGCUGUAACCGCGGUGAUUCUUGUGAGUAUGCCCACGGUGUUUUUGAAUGCUGGCUCCAUCCUGCUAGGUACAGAACAGAAGCUUGCAAAGAUGGGAAAAACUGUAAGAGAAAAGUUUGUUUUUUCGCACACACUCCUCGUCAGUUAAGAAUCCUUCCGGUAAAUUCUUCAAAGUCUUCGAAUUCAAAUGAACAAUUCUCAUGCAACAAGAAAAAUAACAAGCUUUUUAAUAACCAUGUUGCAUCAAAAUCAAACAAUUGUUGUUUGUUUUGUCAUCACUGUGGUGGUAAUGGUAAUGCUAAUGCUAAUAAUUCUCCAACUUCAACACUUUUUGGUAUGUCUCAUUUCUCGCCGCCGGCAUCUCCUCCUGUAUCUCCGAUGAAGCCUCAGAACGGUGUUUCGUCUCUCUCACGCUAUGGUUCAUUGGUCAAUAGUAAUAAUCUUCGUUAUAGAGAUAUGCUUAUUGAUCUUUUGGGUUCUUUUGAAGGAUUGAAUUUCAAUGACGGUUCAUCUUCAGUUGUUUCUGGUUUACAGAAACAAAACAACAUGGGUUAUUUUGAUGUUCCUGUUAACUCCGAGGAACAGAUUCAGAAACAGUUUCUUGUUUCACCUUCUGCAUCUUUUGAUCAGCAACAACAGCAUUUCAAUAUUCUUUCACCUUCGAUUCAACAGAAUUUGACACCAAUUAGCUUCAACGAUGGUGGUGACAAUAACAUAAACAACAACAACAGUGAUAAGGUUUUUGCCGGUGGUGAUGUUCCUGAUCUCGGUUGGGUUAAUGAGCUACUGAUGUAG